AUGCUUAAUCUAGCUUAGCCUGUAUUGCUGUGUAUCUUGCCAAGGGAUCAGGAUCGAGCAUUUUAGUAAGUAGUUCGAUAGUUUGAGACGAGAAUUUCAUUUAUGAAUAAUCUAUAAAGCCUUCUUGAUUUUGAGACAACAUCUUUUGGUAGUUUUCAUUGUAGAAAGGGGAUUGCUGAGAAGUCAACAUUUAAUAGAGCACAAUCCCUAAGCCAUACACAUCAACUUUAUAAUCGUAAUUCUGAUCUUUCAGAAUUUCUGGAGCAAUAUUACCAGGAGUACCAGCUCUUUGAUGAUUGUACUUCCCAUUUUCAUUGUAAUAGACAGCCAACCCAAAGUCUGAGAUUACGAUAUCUUCGAGAUUGGGUUUGCGAAGUAAGAUGUUCUCUGGUUUAAUGUCUCUAUGCAGCACUCCUUUCGAAUGAAUACUAACCAAAGCUUCUAGCAAUUUAUGUGUAGUUUUAAUGGCAUCUUCUUCUGGAAUUUCAGUUCUUAGGAGAUACUCAUAAAGACUCCCAUAUUUGUAAAACUCUUAGAUUAAAUAUAAGUAUUUUGAUGAUUCAUAUGCUUCUAUGAUUUGACUUGUGUAUGGAUGAUCCAUUUAUCGUAAAAUAUCUAAUUCCUAUUUUACACAAGUUAAAUCAAAUUUUGUAGAGGCCUUGUCAUAUAUUUUGACAGCAAACUCUUGCUUGCUCUCCUUGU